CGCGUGUUUGGCAUUUAGGUGUCCUCAGCCUGUUGGCGGUUCCCUCCGACCAUUGGAUGUCUGUGUUUCUUCCCAAACCAUGUUUUGAACAAGCAAGGCCGAGUCCGACUUCGUUUGGGUGGGUUGAUUUCUCUCUGCGUCGCAAGCUGCGUCCCUGACAAUGACAAUCGACUUUCGAGAUGUCCCUCACUGUACGGAGUAUACCAUUCAGAUUGGCCUAUAUCUUACCUCAAACUGUCUGCAGGUUUGCUCGAAACAGAGAAUCCUCGGUCAACUUUCCCAGCGAAACGCAUCUUCCACUGUCCACAAUACAGACGGGACGGAACGCAGACACUACUUAGUUUUGCAAACAACGAUAUCCAUAUCCCACGAGGCAUCCCAAAACACCUUACUUUGCAGCUUACGGAGUACUACUUCCAUUAGGUGUCACCUACCUUCCUUGCCUGAGAGAGAGCACCGGACGCAACGGGAGCCGGGAGCUAGGCCUCAGAAAGGACACUGUGCGGUCGGCAGGAGAGAAAGAGUGCAGGGGCCACCAUACACCGAUGUGGAGCCUGGGCACGAGCUUGACCGACCAAGAAGGAAGGAGGAAGGAGGAGGAAGGAGGAGGAAGGAAGUCCAGGACUAACCCGUCGAAAAGGCAGGUGGACCCCGCCGACCUGUUCAAAUUUCACCUCAUCUUCCAUUUCGACCAUUUCUCACACGGCCAUCUUCCACCGCACUGUGCUCGGUU